AGCACUUCCAAUUGUAGUUUUUCUUUAAAGCCCCACCCCCACUUCUCACUCCCAUUGGUGGGGAUUUUCUGGAGUCAUAUGUCGUCACCGCGCUUGAGGCGCUGCGAUUGGCCGAGCCAUGCGUCAAUCAUCUUUUCACCACUUGUUGCUAGGGAGAUUGUUUGAUGCUAGCCACGGCGGUGCCAGCAGAGCUACCUGUCACUUUUUAGGGUAAACAGAGAAGCGAUUUAACGUGAUAAUGUGGCGACACGGCGCACAGCAGCUACUUUAUGUUGUGUGUUGAGGAGGUUGUAUAUUUGUGUGAGCAGCACCGGGUGUCAAAACACAAGGUGGCUAACUGCUAACGUCACACGGACGAAGAUAGGAGGAGGGAGGGACCCUGCCCGCUACCUAACGCUGGUGCGUGUGCUAGCUGCGAGCCUUCUCCACUCUCCCAUUCACCUUCAGCAGCACCCACAAGAAGUAGUUGUCCUGUCAAGGGUGGGGUGAUGCCCAAAGCACCAUCUCAGCUCUGCUGAACAUCCAAAGAGCGGAUAAAAGACACUGCGCGGUGCGAUCCGACAUCACUUCUCUAGUCUUUGGGAGGAUGGAGUGGUUGCAGUGGGCUAGCAAGUCCUGAUUUAUUUAUUUUUUUCAUUAACAUGUGUUUAAUGCAAAUGUAGGCAGGAAUGGGAAGAUGACAACCUUAUGAAGAAGAAAGAUUUGAGCACAAACUGGACUCUCUCAGAGUGGAAACCUCAUCGUGGAUCUUACAUGCUUGUCACAGAAUCCUGUUGAAGAACCCCUUUUCCUCCCCCUCACUCUCUUUAACCACUUUUUUUAAAUGUUCAUGUAUCUAUCUCCGUCUUCUAGUAUAAGUACAGAAGUAUUGAUCCGAGCUAGUUGGCCCCAUUUUUGUUUUUAUUUUUUACUUUCACCUUUUGUUCCUUUGUAAAGAAAUGCUUUACCUGAAAAAAUACUUCACAGAGGGCCUGAUUCAGUUCACCAUCCUUCUGAGUCUCAUUGGGGUGCGGGUGGACGUUGACACCUAUCUAAGCAAUCAGCUGCCCCCACUGAGAGAGAUCAUUCUGGGCCCUAGCUCAGCCUACACCCAGACACAGUUUCACAACCUGCGCAACACGCUGGACGGCUAUGGCAUCCAUCCAAAGAGUGUGGACCUCGACCAUUUCUUCACCACUAGACGGCUGCUGAACCAGGUGCGCCAGCUGGAUCGCCUCUCUGUGCCCAGUACCGAGCUCAACACCUGGCUAGUGCACCGCGACUCUGAGACUGUGGUGUCCACCAGCAGCCAGUCCAGCACCAGCAUCACCCUGGACAAUGGGGGCGGCCUAGAGGACGUUAACAACCCUGACGCUACCCCGGCCAUGAGGGGAGGAAGCGGAGCACCUGAAUCCACGUACAACCUGAACGCAGCGGACAGCAGCCUGGGAGCCGUGGCCCCGGAGGGCAACCAGGAGCAGGGCAGCAGGGAUGGCAACGACGACCUCACCAAAGAGGACAUUGACUUGAUUGACAUCCUAUGGAGACAGGACAUCGACCUUGGCGCAGGAAGAGAAGUGUUCAACUACAGCAACCGGCAGAAGGAGAGUGAGGAGGAGGAGAAGCCCAACCCGCACGACAACAAAGACGGGAACGAGGAGCAGGAGAGCUGGAGGAACGGAGUGAACUUACAGGGUCCUCAGCCCGUGGACGGGGAGACCGGAGAGAGCAUCCCGGAGCAGCUCCCCGGGCUCGGCUCUCAGACUUCUCUGUCUCUACAAGAAUGCCUGAGGCUGCUGGAGGCCACGUUUCCUUUUGGAGAAGAAUCUGAGUUUCCAGCCCCGGCUGUCAGCGCAGAAAUCGUUUCCACUGAAGAAGUUCCUUCCACGUCUCAGGGCCUUCCUCUGCCUCCACAGCUGCCCCCAGCAGAGCCACAGCUGGACCUGGAGCAGCAGUGGCAGGAUAUCAUGGCCAUCAUGGAGCUACAAGCGAUGGAAGUGAACAGCACUUCGCCCCACAGCAACUCGAGCAGCGACAGCGGCACCGGUGGGACAAGUGAGUCCAACACGGCGGGAAACUUUGGACUGUCGACGAGCUCGACGCCGGUGAACCAGGAUGUCAGCCUCCACCAGGCCUCCCUCCCCAGCUGCAGCCAAGACUUCCCACAGAUCUUCAACCCCCAGUUGGACUCUAUCAGCAUCACCCCGAGAACCCCUAUGCCCAGACUCUCCUCCAGCAACUCCAGCAACAUCAAUUCCACAUUCGGAGCGACCAACCUGACCGGGAUCUUCCUCCCGCCGCACAUCAACAGCUCCAGCACCAAUAUCACGUCCACGCCCAUCCUGCCCGACCCGUUCAGCAACCUGCUGGAGGUGUCCAUGCUGGACGAGAUCAGCCUGCUGGACCUGGCCAUGGAGGAGGGCUUCAGCCAGGCGCAGGCUCUGCAGCUGGAGGACGAGCUCGACUCAGAUUCCGGUCUGGACUCCAGCCACAGCCCGGCCUCCCCGAGCAGCUCCGAGACGUCCUGCUCCUCAGCGGCGUCUUCGUCUUCGACGUCCGCCACCUUCUCGGAGGAGGGGGCGGUCGGAUACAGCACCGACUCCGAGGUCACCACCGCGGAGACGGAGGAAGGAGCUGUGGGCGGUUAUCAGCCCGGCUACAGUAAGCUCUGCCGUAUGAGCUAUCAGGACCCGUCUCAGUUCCACAGCCUCCCGCAGCUCGACAGCAUCAGCCACAAUCACACCUACAACCUGCCGCUCUCCUCGCCGUUCACCGAGCACCCGGAGCUGCCCCUCUCCACCGGAAAGAAGACCGUCCGCGACAAACACUCCAAGCUGCAGCCUGCUCAGGACUUGCUCGACAAACACUCCAGUCGCGACGAACGCCGAGCCCGGGCCAUGAAAAUCCCCUUCUCCAACGAGAAGAUCAUCAACCUGCCGGUGGAGGAGUUCAACGAGCUCCUGUCCAAGCACCACCUGAGCGAGGGCCAGCUGGCUCUGAUCCGCGACAUCCGCCGGCGCGGCAAGAACAAGAUGGCGGCCCAGAACUGCCGCAAGCGCAAGCUGGACACCAUCAUCAACCUGGAGCAGGGCGUCCAAGACCUGAGGCGGGACAAGGCCCGGCUGCUGAAGGAGAAGAUGGAGUUCAUCCGCUCCAUCCGGCAGAUGAAGCAGAAGGUGCAGAGUCUGUACCAGGAGGUGUUCACUCAGCUUCGGGACGAGGAGGGCCGGCCCUAUCCUCCCAGCGAGUACUCACUGCAGUACAGCGCCGACGGCAGCGUGCUGAUCAUGCCCCGCGGCGUAACCACUGCCGAGCAGAACCGUAAGCCAGAGAAAAAACAAAAAGACAAAAAGAAGUGAGGGGGGGGGGCAGACUGCUGUUUAUUCUAUCACUUUGCUAAAUCAAUAAGAAAGAUUUCUGCAGAUGCAAGAGAGAUGUCCUUUUUUCCUUUAAGAAGAUUCUGGUGAGUAGAAAAAUGGCAUUGUUGACUACUCUUCCUGCAUUAGUUUCUCCCUUUUCAUUCUGUUCCUACGUUUUUUUUUUCCUGGAAACAACUUUGAAGCAGAAGUAGCUCUUCGUUUGAGUACUGAUAUUUCAUUAUUUAGACGGGGGAAAACAAUAAGCAAGGAGACAAGGGAUAUAAAAGGACAUAACAUGAGCUAUUAGAAAACUUUUAGCUGCUCUUGAUCCUUUUUGCACCAAACCACUGAGGACGGAGAAGAUUUGUAGGGUAAAAACAAGGGACUGGUAUCGAGAAAAGAUGGGAGUAAAAGAACUGUGGACGAGGACGGUUGGGAUACUAUGCACUGAAGGUUUUAAAGGACCGAUCACAUCCCAACCUGGAGACUUACAGUGAUUUUUGUCACUGAGGCUUUUAGGUUGAAAAGAUUGGUUGUGAGAGUUUAGAUACCAAAGGUUAAAGGAAGUCCAUCAUUUUUAGGAUGCCACUAACACCGAUACUAACCAAAGGUUGUAUGGUGCACAUCACUCGAUCUGGAUCCAUCUUAAAAAUGCUCAAACGCUGCACUCUAAAUCUGCCCGUUUGUGUAUCUCAAAUGCCAGUUUUUUGAGUCAGUUUGUCGGGCGGCAUCUAAGUUUAGAAGGCCCUGAAGAGAGAUCGGGUUUGAUGUGUGGACGGAGGAUGUUGAGAGAAGAUAAAGAGUCGUAAAGAGAUGUGAGGAGAGUUCCUGGGCUGGCCACUGCUAACAGAGGCCUGGAGGGGUGAAGUCCUGAUGGAUGUUUUAGGGGAGGAGGAGGCACACUGCAUUGCAAAAUGUAUCAACUUCCUUAUAAAUUAUACAUAGCACUGUAAUUUGUCUUUAAAAGGCUUGGCUAUAUGCAUUUUGCCGUGUCUGUCGCUAUUCCUUCGCUGCAGGUUUAAAUACGAGAGCUGCGUUUAGGAAGGCUCUUAUUAACUGUUCAUAAUCUGUAGUAUAAGCAAGGUUAUAGGUCUAGCCACAUCAGCUUUAUGUAAACACUCUUUUUAUUUAUUUUUUUUGGGUUGGUUUUUAAAACUCCACGCAGAGGAAUUGAGGUGAUGGGCCGGGAGCUCCAGAGAGUACUGUAUGAUUUCCACCGACUCCAGGCAGCCACAGCUCAGAGUUAAGAUCAUUUAUUUUGUUGUUUUUUCCUCUUGGACGCCUCGUUUUAAGCACUAAUUUAAAACAGGCUCAGUUGUCGCUGUGUGUAGCGAUAUCCCGUCUAAUUAACUUAUUUGCCAACCAACUGAAAGCCACUUGAGGCACAUUUUUAACUGCUGUAAAAGCCGAGGUGUUGGCUUUAAUAUUAUGAGUCCUGUUUUUAAGUUUUUUGUGUUGAUUACAAAGUGAGCCAAGGUGUUACAUGAGGUAAAAAGUUAUCUGAAUGCGUGCAAUGACAGUGUGUGUUGUGGCCACUUUGAUUUGAAUGCCUUUAUUUCACAAUCUCAUUAUCUCUCACUUUAAAUGUUUUGGGAACCGAAAGGAAAAACCGUUUCCCGAAGUAGAAGUGCUAUUACUUGUCUCUUUAAAUGAAGUUCUGUCAGUACAUGUUACAUCGCCCUCUUUCUAAAAAGAAAAAAUAGGUAAAACUGUUGCAGCUGAGAUAGCGUCUAGGCUAGAAUAUUUACAAGAGGCUGAACGCAACAUUAAG